UGUCCGACAGACUGCGCGCUGUGCCGGAUCACCAGUGGAGCGCCGAGCACCGCCGGAGCGACGACGACCGACUGACCGACCGACCGACCGACCGUCUGCCGCGCCGUCCCACUCCGGCAGCAGGAUGGCUGGCUGGACGCCGUGGCUGCUGUGUGCCGCGGCGCUGCUGCUGAACGCGCCCCGUGCCGCCGCCGACCGCUCGCCCUCCACCGAACCCGAGUCGCAGGUGGAGCCGCGCUUCCUCUUCGGACCCAACUACAGCGCCGGCAAGUUCAACACGACGGUGGCGUUCACGCUGCCGCUCUUCGCGUUCAGCAUCCCGUCGCUGGCCGAGAUCUCGUUCGGCACGCUGGACACGGCCGCCGUGGUGUCGCUGGCCUUCCUGGCCGUGCUCACCGUGCUCGUACUGUUUGUCAUCCCGCUGCUCGGCUACGUGCCGGCCACCGACCGACAGGGCCUCGACGACGACGCCUACGUGCCCACCGAGCUGACCGACCUGGUGUACAGCGCGCUGGACGAGAUGCGCUCCGUCACCGGCGACGAGUGCACGCAGAAGACUGCCUGCGAGGUGUGGCGCAACCCGCACAAAUUCGGCUACCUGGCGUCGCCCAUCCAGAUGCUCUACCCGCCGGAUGGCUACCCCGGACCUCGUCAGAAGGCCGCGCUCUUCGGACUCACCAACAAACAGACCGAGUGCCGGGAACAGUACAGCUGCGACCUCUCGCUGAUGGACAUCAUGUUGUACAUCUCCAAGUUCGUCAGCAUAGAGGCGCCCUCGUUCUGAUGAAGGGCAGGGCUGGAGUCCGACACCGCCGGCCUAUGACGGCAGGCGGGUACAGGCAGGGACACGGCAGCGCCUCAGUCGCCGACCAGCAAAUACUCAUAGCGCCGUGCGUCGCAGAGGCGUCAGCAAAGCGCUCCUUAUCGUCGCUUUGGCCGCAUCGGAAUGGCGCAAGCAUUACAUUACGUUGUGUUCAAAUGUCUUAGGCUAUAGGGCUGGGGACAAAGGUACUGGAAUGGGACGAGAUUAUCCAAUAAUCAAAAGCAGAUAGAAAGAGCCACUUGUAGGUAGCUGCCAACUGCAGGUAAUUGUUCGUAAUUAUGCCAACGCCAGUUUUUAACGUUUCGAUAGUUACAUCAGAGCGAGGAAGCAAUUUUCUUAUCAAGACCACAUUAUACCGCAUCAGCUGUUUCUAUUAGAUAAUACCAAUGUAAAAACCGCAAAUUUAACACUUUGACCAUAAAAUCACGAUCGUACUAGUAUCGGUUGUGCUAGUGGAUAUGAGCACGACCACAGAAACGUGCAGUGUUUUGAGGAGGACUGAGACCCGCACGGAAAGGGUGGUCCUGCUGCUGCCUCGUCAGAGCUCUGCUCUACAGAUUUCGGUUACCGCCGGUGGGUGAUCUUGUCCCACUGCUGAACGCCGAACGACGUAAAUCUUGCGCCAGCCAACAGAGGGCAUCAGCCGCAGGGCCUGGUAUGUGGUACUGUGGACUGCGCUGUGAGAACGGCAUGAGUGUGCAGCCGCUCCCGUCGGACGAGGUCUGGUGACGUACUGCUUAUUUUGAAUAUUCAUGCUUACUAGUCUUAGAAAGUGAACAAGUAUUUAAAAACAAAUUUGUAACAUCAAGACCUAACGUUUUUUUUUCUCGAAAUAUCUAGGACCUUCUACGUGCGAUGCGGUUCAAGUUUGUGGCAUUGUGUACUUCAGGGCAUACACUAGCAUUACAAGGUAGUGCGCUAAGUGAUAGGGCUCACCAAUACUACUCUACACUUCUACAGACGUGAACAAGUACUUUGUAAGGCAUUCCCAGCCAUGGGCAACGUUAAACAAUGUUAAACUAACAUCCACUGUAAGUUGUAAUGAAACGUUUGCUUGUUGUUGGACAUGUGCGCGUGUGCCGUCAUUAUUUGAGCAUUGCGCGUGCAUGCAUUGUUUUUAUUGUUAAUUUAUUGAACAAAGCCCACAGGCGCCGGGCCUGAAAGGGCUUUGUAAUAUCGAUGAGCAUUAGGUAUGUGUUGAAUUAAAGAUGAGUGCAGUAUCGUGUGUGCGUGUGUGCGUGUGUUUGUGCAUGCAUUGUCCAUGGAUAGAUUUCCCUGUCUGUGAUGAGCAUGUAAUAAACUGAACGUGGCCAUGUGUCACUGGCCGAUUA